AUGACGGAGUUUUACACCGCUGGAUCGACCGACAAGACGCCAGAAACGCACCGAGACGCGAUGGAGCUCCGCAUCCCGCGCCCCACCGUCUCCACGCAUUCGUUCCGACUCGUGUGCGAUCUCGAGCCCGUCCGAGCCUUGGGCCAGGGUUUACAUGCCGAUGGUGGACAGUCAGUUACUUCAAACCGUCGAACGCACGCAGGAGCUGCGGUGCUGUCCUUGCUGAUGCUCUUCCACCACAACGCCCUCAUUCCCCACUUCCGCUCUACCACCUCCCGGCUGAUCUCGCUUACGGCCGGCGCAUGAAACGGUUCCGCGCUUUGCCACAAAAAGAUUCAAGCAAGUCAACAGCGACGACGAGCAACACAACUUUCUUUUCGAUAAGUUUCUGACUAAUCAUGUCAUAGUUUUGAGCUCGCAGCUGGAUCACCUUCACUGGAGGUCAUUUCGAAGCCAGUUGGGGCAUAGGGGUCGUGAUGUGAGAACCAAUUUGCCUCCCGCUCCACAUCUCCUCGCGAUCUUCGUCUUCAUUCUAGAGGUUCACAGCCCACUAGAGCUGAUUUCGUCCGUUUCACAUCCUUCAGGCCCGGUGGACAAGACUCGCAGCACGUCCUUUCGCUUGACCAUCCUUCGGCACCCUACUCGGCCCAAUUAUCGACUCGCUACCUGCUGCAGACGACGAGCGAUGAAGACGGUCCGCAUUACAUCCAAGUCCAAACCAGGGGGUGGAGGACCGGACCUCCAGAGGUUAUGGAACGACUUGCUGCGUCCGCUCGAGAGGGUUUCACCGGAGUCGCACCGACCGUCGAUGAGUACAAGUUCAGGUUGUUUUUGGAGAUGGAGGUGAGGGGGAAACGAUUAGCGCGAAUUCAGGAUCCUACCAUCUCUCGCCUCUGACCCGAUUCGCCUCGCCGCUCAACAGUGUGACGCGAGGGACACAAAGUAUGGAUGGCUCAACACCGCCAUGUGGGUGGGCAGCGGCAUCAGGCUCGGAAGACAAGGUCGGUUCCUCCUCUCCCCGCCUCCGCUUCGCUCUCACCGCUAAUACGGAUUUUCGUCGAACCUUUGCAGUUAUCUACGAUGCCUACUUGGUCGAAUGA